CUCACAAGAUUCUUCCUCAUGUCCUACUCAACAAAAUUGUAUAUUACCUGAACCCAACGUAUUAAUUUCUAAUAAUGUAGAGAACUUGACUAUUGAUUAUAACAUAUCUAACACAAAUGAACAUCAGAACGUUGAGUUUAACAGUCAAGAAAAACUUGAGAUUGUUCCUGACUCAGUAUUUCAAAAUUGGGAUCAGCUUGAUCGUUAUAUUAAAAUGUACGCAAAACAGAAUAGCUUUGUAUCAAUAAUUACUUGUUCUGAGUUUGAUGAGGCUACUCGUAGAAGGUGUAGAUAUGUUUGCAAAAAUCAAGAAAUAAGUUAUUCAAAGAAAACAGCUAUUGUAGAAAAUCAAAAACAAUCUCAAACAAAGCGGUUAGGAUUAAAAGAAGAGAUCAAAUAUUAUACUUCAAAAGGGUUAAAUAUGCAAAUGCAGCUUUCCUUACUUGAAGACAAAUAUCUGGAUAUUCUUUUUUUGCCACAAGAUUUGUCAUCUACAAUACAAUCCUUUAAGAAACAGAAUAAA